UGGUCUGCCUCCUCAAUCAGUUUAGCACAAUGAAAGCUGCCCGUUACUCUGCAGCGAAAGAUGAUCCCCCGUCUCACCUUACAUUAUGAUGUUGUAGCGCUUCGUCCGGGGAGGUGAUUUUUGUUUCCGCUGCAGUUUGUGUCAGUGGGAGUGACAGCAGGCAGGCCGAAGCUGUGCACCCAUGAUCAUGCAUCCGAUGCCUGUGUGCGCCGUCAGCGGUGGAGACAUAUUUGACUGUAUACAGAGAGGAAAUAUUGAACAGUGUAUACAGUUCGUGCAAAAUGACCGAUCAGUUCUCAAGCAAAAAGGCUGGGGUGGCUUCAGCCCGCUCCACUACGCUGCCCUCCAUGGGAACCGCGGCCUGGUUGACCUUUUCCUCACUAAUGGAGCUGACCCUAACCUGACGUGUGAUGCAGGACAGACAGCCUUUCAUUUUGCCUGCAGGCAGGGGAACAUCUAUAUCAUACACCAGAUGAUGCAGUAUGGAGCUGAUUUGCGCCUCAUAGACCUGCAGCAGAAAACAUCGCUGCAUCAUGCAGUCAGUGGGGGCAGCAUUGUUGCAGUGCACUAUUUGUGGGAGACAGGAAUGUUCCGGUUCACAGAUACAGAUAUGCACCAGGUGACACCGCUUCACCUGGCUGCAUCCACGGGCAACACAGAGGUGGUCCGGUAUUUGCUCAGAGACCAGAGAUGUGCUGUGGAUGCAGCCGACCAGCAGGGAGCAACAGCGCUUCACGUUGCAGCAGAGAGGGGCGGAGUGGAGGUGUGCUGGACACUGCUGCAGAGAACAGGGUGCGGGAUGCUCUAUGUGAAGAACCACAGCGGCCUCACACCACUGGACCUCAGCAAACAGGGGAAAACAUUUAGACAUCAGCAACUCACCAAGCUACUGAGUCGGUACAUUAAUGAGCCUAUACACCACAAGCCCAGAGAGUCUCAUGUUUUGUAUUACUGGACACUGUUUUUUCCGACCCUGAGCGGGGCUGCCAUCCUGCUCAUAGCAGCCAUGUUGGGAGGCUAUGGGGGGCUAACCUGUGGUUUGCUCUUCCCCUGGCUGGCCAGAAGCAUCUUUACGCAGUACCACCGCAUGACCACAUAUCAAAGGUUACCUAACCCGGUCUACUUGGGAACCCUCAUAGCAGGUUUGUUCCACUCUCUGCUCUGCUUCUAUGGGAAAAUAAUGCCUAGUGUGUGGCCAACCAGUGCUCUGGUCCAGGUGUCCAUGGUCCAUUUCUCCCUAGUGCUCGGUUUGUUCUGUAAGGUUCUAACUCAGGACCCUGGGACACUGCACAGAGCAGAUGCAAACCCUCGGUUCUCCUGUAUCGCUGACCUGGUGGAGAACAACCAGAGCCCUCACAGGUUCUGUCCAUACUGUGAGUUGUUUCAGCCCGACUACACAAAACACUGCAAGUUAUGUGACGUGUGCAUUAAAGACUAUGACCACCACUGCCUUUUCCUCAACCGGUGUGUCGGCCGGGGUAACCACCGCCUCUUCCUCCUCUUCAUUCUCUCCAUGGUGAUUGCCCACAUUCUUUUUGUUUUCACGGCAGCAAAUUCCUUGUAUGACAAGAUGUCUGCGGGCAGUCACAGCUUGUCAUCAUGGCUCACGUUGUUGGGGGAGGAGUUCUGGGUCGUGGUCAUGAUGGUUAUGAAUGCGUUGACACUACUUUGGGAGGUGUGGCUACUGACCGAGCAGUUUGAUGCCGUUGCAACGGGAACGACCACCUACUUCAGACAGUGUGAGAGCUCAGUGCGGCAGAGGUCACUAAUACAGCGAUGGGUUAUCGUGCUGUCGUUUCUGCUGGAGGGUCGCAGACGGGUUGGCAGCGUACAAACAAGAGAGGACAAAACUGCCAUAGACAUUUAAAACUGUCUUGUGUCCGGCUGUUGUUUCAUCGCUCACUUCCUUCCCAGUUUACAGAGUCUUUGGUGUGCACUCAACCUUGUGAUAAUGUCCUUAGAUUCAAUAACUCUCUAAUGCCAUAUAACAUGUUGUACUUGAAUGUAGAAUUUGGUGAUAUCUCAAUAUUCUAUUUUAAUAUACAGUAGGCUGUAGUGUUGAUUCGUCAGCAGUGGCUAGCAGGAUAACUACCACUAAGAGUUUAAAUGUUCAACUAGUUUUUAGAGACCUCACUGAAUACUUUUAAGGUAACAAUGUUCUAAUAAUUAACUUGUUGGUUUACAUUGUUCUGUGUUAAGUGUUGGAUAUUUCCAAAACUGUGUUUUAGCAGGGAAUGCCUCUGAGUGAAAGCUUACAUUCCUAUCUGUUUUUAUAUUCCACAUCAGCGUGCUUUUUUUAACACCAUUGUUCUGAAUAAAAGUGUCAUGAUGUAAAGCAUUGCUCAAAGCUGUGAAGAUUUGUGUACCCAUUUAACAUUAGCAUUAGUAUGAUAAUGGUUAAGAGCAGGUACACUGCAAGACUUUGUUCCUAACAUAAUGACAUUACCUCUCCGACCUGCUCCCAGUCAUUCGGGCCAUGACACUUCCUCUGCUCUCACUAAUGAGACAUGCUCUUUUCAUGCCUUCAAUUAAACAGACUCAUUUCCUUUGUGUCCCUCAGGACCAUAUUUCUCGAUUAUAGAUGAUGUUCCCCACACCCCUCAGAGGCUGGUGUGUCUGGACUAUGUGAGCGGCUACAUCACAUGGUAUUAUUUAGUGUCUACUGAACUGCCUGUCAUGCAUAUGGAGUGGUGUGAGUGCUUUUACUGUACUUCUCCAUCUCUGGGUCAGUGUUAUUGUAUUUAAUGGCUGCCACUUGUCGAUAUUUAAAUAUAUUUUAAGAUGUACUAAUGUAUUUUAUCUUUUUUUGUUUCCAGGAUGAUACCUCAUGUGUGCCGUAAUGUUUUUUAUGCUGUAGGAAAAAUAUGCUUAAUAAAAAACAUCACAGAAAUCUGCCAUUUAA